AUGGUCAUCACUGUCCAUACAGCGGAAUCGGUGUCAGAGUCGUCGUCCGUCGGCAAGCAGCAUAUUCCAACUUUCAAGCACGACAUGGGAGGCGAAGAGACCCACGAGGAGCACGCCGUCGGCAGCAUGCUCCCUCCUCAUCACGAGGAGGAGCAACUGUGGUGGUCGCGUAUCCGUGAGAACUGCCAGGAUGGCUUCUCCGAGUUCUUUGGAACCAUGAUUAUGAUCCUCUUUGGCGACGGUGUCGUUGCCCAGGUCGUUCUUAGCAACAGCACCAAGGGUGACUACCAGAGUAUCUCUUGGGGUUGGGGAUUGGCAGUCAUGCUCGGCGUCUACGUGGGCAAGAAAUCCGGCGGUCACCUCAACCCGGCAGUGACACUCGCCAACUGCGUAUACCGCGGCCACCCGUGGCGCAAAUUCCCCAUCUACUUCAUCGGCCAGCUCCUGGGCGCCAUGGCGGGCGCCUUCAUCGUGUACGGAAACUACAUCAGCGCCAUUGACAACUUUGAGGGCGGCCCGGGCAUCCGCACCGUCGGCGGCGUCAACUCGUCCGCCGGCAUCUUUUGCACGUACCCGGCCGCCUUCAUGACCCGGACGGGCAUGUUCUUUUCGGAAAUCGUGGCGUCCACCAUUCUCAUGUUCUCAAUCUUUGCCCUCGCCGACCCCGCCAACGGAGCCGCCGGCCCCUUUAUGCCCUUGGCCCUCUUCUUCCUGAUUUUUGGCAUCGGUGCCUGCUUCGGUUGGGAGACUGGCUACGCCAUCAACCUGGCGCGUGACUUUGGCCCCCGCCUGGUUUCGUACAUUGUCGGAUACGGGUCUGAUGUGUGGUCCGCUGGUGGAUACUAUUUCUGGAUCCCCAUGGUCGCUCCUUUCUUCGGUACCCUCUUUGGCGGCUUCCUGUACGACGUCUUCAUCUUCACCGGCGAGAGCCCCAUCAACACGCCAUACUUUGGCCUCACAAGACUCUUCCGCCCUCGCCGAGACGUCUGGUCCAACACCUACAAGAACCGCUUGGAGAAGGUGUAG